UUUGUAACUAUAAAUAUCAUAUGCGUUCGUCCCUUGUAAUGAUUCACGACUCCACCAGAGGCGCUAGAAUUCCCUUUGAGCGUUUGUCGAAACAGAGAGGAAGACGUCUCUUGCAUCUGAUUGGUCGACCGUUGCUCAGCGGUAUUAUGUUUGUUAACCCAACUGUCAACAAAGUAUGAUAGCUUUGAUUCAAUUUAUAAAGGAAACUAUCGAUGUAAGGGAUGAAGAAUAAAACGGCGAAACCCUCAAAGGGGGUAAGCAACAGAAGAAAAGCUCUUAGUGAUGUGUCUCCGUCCACUAGUAUUCCUCCUCUAGUGGAGGGUCAGCUGAGAUGUUUCCUCAGGGUAACAGUAAGUAAAGUGUUGUGGACCAUCAUCAAACCUCCUCCCGUGACUCUUGUUCGACUGAGAUGGUGGGGAGAAUCAUCUAACGGUACCUUCUUCAAGCCCAGAGAUGGACACGUUGAGCAGAAGGGGGUUAAAUCUACGGCCCGCUUUCCGGUUCGAUGUGGACCAAAGCAGUUGACAUCUUAUUUGACAGAUAUGGGCUCAUUGGUGCUGGAUGUUCUUACAAAGGUUGAUCAUUUGCCUAUAGCUCGAGCUCAAAUUCCUGGGAUUGCUCGACUCUCUUUGUCUCAUUCCGUAAACGGAUAUUUCACUCUUGUUUCCCCGACAUCAGAAAAACUUGGAGAACUUCAGGCUACACUUGCCCUAGAACCGUUGACAGACGGAUACGACAGCAGUAGCUCAGUACCUACGACUGAUAUUAGCCUUGAUGCUCAGGCUCCUGGAGUAAUGACUGAUCAGAACAUGCUUGUGGCUCCAUCUCUGGAUCAGCCCACUAACACCAGAAAGGAGACAGCUGGCACCAGUUCUGUCCACACACCCAGAGGAAAGGAUUACCUGUAUUUUCAAGAAAGCAGUAACAUCAUGCCAGCACCCAUAAAUGGAAACCCCAAAUCUGUUGUGGCUCAACCUCCUCCAACGAACAGCCAUACAUCCGCUGACCUCUUGUCAGUUCUUCUGGAACGUGGCAGCAAGCUCAGAAAUGCCAUGGUGGUUUCAGCCCUAAAAUCUGAUGUAGAGUCAGAUGUUCCCCUGAAGGACCUUCCUCUUCCCCUAUUCAGAGACAACACUGAUGCUCUGCCGCAGAGGCCCUCAUCAGGACAGUUUCUGGAGAACAUCCUUCGAACAGAACUCCAGCCUUCUUUCCAGGACCUUGAAGUACCAAGCCAACACAGAGUCAACACAGACGACAUGGCUGUAGAUCUGUUGCUGGGAAGUGUCGAUGGAUCAGCGCUGCAGUUCUGGAAUGGAGAAGGUUCUCCUCCAGAUUCUCUAUCCGAUCACAGCAGUGUACUGAUGGACAGUGAACUCAAUGACCCUCAAUAUGAUCAGAGUCUUCUGGAGAACCUCUUCUACAAAGCCCCGAUAACAGAUGAGUGUUUGGAUGAGGACCAUCAGAUGAAUGGUACUGAGAAGAAGCAAGUCCACACAAACCCAGUUAAAAAGCCCUGGGUGAAUUCUGAUGACAUGCAACGUUCAGAAGCAAAAGCGAAGGAUGAUUUCUUUGGCCUAAGUGUGGAAAAGAUGGCUGUGCUUGAAGAUGUUCGUUUUGCGAGGGUCACUGUCAGUGAGAUGAAAGCCCCUGCCAACAGCACUUCAAAAAAUCUCUCUGGAAAAGGAAGACCACCUCGACCCCUUGCGCCAAAGAAAUGCACUUAUAUUGUAGAGUACCUGUUCCCACUGGUUUCCACUGGAUGUGAUGAUGCUCGGCUGGUGCCUUCAGAGAUUACAAAAGCUGUUUCUAGUAAAGUUGUGGAGGGUGUGGUGAUGUUUCAGCACCAAAGUUUGUUUCCAGUGCAGUUUAGUAGGUCAUCUAUUAAACAAUGGUGGAAAAUGAAUGUUUCGUUCAAGAUCUACACUAGAAAUAACUUCCAAAAGGCACCUGUUCUCAUUGGAACAGCAAUGUUUCCUAUGAGCUCCAUUAUGCAGAAUGAGACUCUCAGCAUCUCUGCCGCCUUGCCUGUACAAAGACCAGAAGGAAAUAAUGAAAAACAUGGAGUUGGCCCACUGAAAGUAACAUUUGAAUUGGCAGCAGACAAGAACUUUUCCGCCAAAAAAAGGCCUGCAAAGGGAGCUUUAAGUCCACAAACAGCUUUCCCGUCCCACCUGGCUGAAGAGCCUAAUGGUCAGGGUGGUUUGUGUGUAAGGGACCACAGAAGAGAUCCAUCUCCCAAUACAGGAAAUAAUCAGGUUCAGAGUCUCCAGAUUCCUCAAAGCAGAUCACGCCCCACAUCACCGCAUACCCGAUACCAAAGCUCACCACAUAGGACUCUGCAGCAGGAAGUAGAGGAUGUUUUACUUCAUACUUUGCUCAUGGUGCCUGAUGGGAGGGAUUUUAACUGCGCACCCGCUCAGCCUAACAUGUACCUGAACUGCAAGCUUCUGGGAUCUGAUGAGGCCGCUCGAUCGGCAGUCAGCUGGGGUCAGAAACAUCCAAUAUUCAGUUUUGUUCAGGUGGCUCCAGUCACACUUACCAGCAAACUAUUGGAGAGGAUGCAGAACAACAUGAUGGUCAUUGAGGUGUGGUUAAGAUCCAGCAGCUCAGAUCAUGAUAAACUCCUCGGCCUAGUAAAGCUACCUCUCCACCAGUUCUACAUGUCCUUCAGAGACCCAAAGAUUUUAGAGUUGCUCUUGCAGUCUCAGUAUCCAGUGGUUGCGGUGGAUAGUUACAUGCCUGUGGUUGAUGUGUUCACUGGAAACACCCGUGGAAACCUCCGGGUGUGUCUAGCGAUGGGUUUGGCACAGCAGAUUGCAGCGUUGCAGCGAAUGAGAGAUGAGCACGUGUCACCACAACCUCGCCCUCCUCACAUGUUAGACCACUGUCCGCACACUGAAACAAAGGCGAGUGCCACCGCUGACAUUCUCCUUGAGCACGUCUUCAUGCUUCGAGUAGAGAGAGUUAAAGGUUUGACCCCUCUGCAAUCCACAGUUUGGGGCGAAGCCGACUGUUACAUCCAAUAUUCUUUCCCUGCACAAAAUGAGUCAGGAGAAGACAUAGAUCUCAGCAUUGUUGAAAGCAAUGUGGACCUCAAGACAUACCGUACCGAGACCACCCUCUGUGUGCCAGAUCCUGUGUUUGGACACAUCGAGACCCAUGUCCUGCUGUCUCCUCCUGAUGUUCCAGUACAGAGAAUACUGCUUAGCUCACUGGCCAAUCAGGGGCUGAGAAAUGGAGGCGGCGUGCAGUUUGAGGUGUGGUGCAGGUAUUAUUAUCCGAAUGUUAGAGAUCAGCUUGUAGCCAGGGGACUGCUGCCCAUGUCCAAACUGUGUGCCAUGGUCACUAUGCAGAAACAGGGUCAAACCGAUACACAGCUCUUCUCCCUCCCUCUGGUACCCAGAACCGAGAGAUCGUCUGACGUGGAGCCUCGGCCUUCUGGGCUGCUCGAAGUGAGCAUUCAGUACAAGUCUCGGCCAAUGAGGAGUGUCGGAUUGAAAAGUGGGGUGGUGCCAUCUCGCAGUGUGAUUCUCGCUGUGCAGGUGCACAGAGCAGCUGGCCUACAAGCUGCCGCAAUACUUCUUGCAGAUACAGACAGCUCACUGCAGUAUUACUCAGACGUGGGGGUCAACUCCUUCGUCACCGUGCAGUUGUCCUUCCUGCCGGAGAGUGAGGUGCGGAGCACACGCGUGGCUGCCAAAAGUUUCUGCCCGGAGUUUGAGCACCACGCAGAAUUUUGCUGUAACCUGCUGGUGCAGAGAGACAGCGGUGAGAGCAUCAGUCUGGCUGAACUCAUGCAGGAUGCAGUGGCCAUCUUUACCAUUUACAACAAGGACACUCGCAAAAUGGUCAACACAAGAUCUAAGGACAUUGUUCUGGGCACUGUGAAAGUAAAGCUUACAGAUCUCAUUCGUAAAAGAACCGGCAUAUCUGGCUGGUACAGUCUCUCCCCACCUCAAAAUAACGCAUCAUCUCGCAGGCUAAAUUCAACAGGUGGGAUUGAAAUCUCCUUAAACUUUGCCCAUCAUGCAGACAGAGAGCGAGUCAUCAGUUCGGCCCGUGGACUGGGCUGGGACGUGGGCCGGGACAGCGAAGUUGAGGAAGACGACGAAGACGAAGAACACACAAAGACUCUGCACUUAUCUGUCUCCAUGCCUAGAGCUUGGUUGCCCAUCCAUUGUCUUCUGUUGCCUGGGCAUGACGAAUUACAGCGUUCCACGUACUGCUACUACAGAUACAAGUUGUACGACCAGCAGACCUUCUGCUCAGAACUUAGACACCCUGUUCUGGAGGAGGGUGAGCGAGAGGAGGGUCAAGCCACUGUGGCGUUUCAGGGGAGCAAGAGUGUGGUUCUCAGAAGGACUCAGCCUUUGCGUUGGUACCUAAGAGAGGAGAAGCUGGAGGUUCAGUUAUGGGUGGCUUUUGGGAAGGAAAAGAGAGUUCGACCUCAUAACGCUGACCGUCUGGUGGGCUCUGCCUUUGUGGACCUUUCCGCUCUUGCUACGACCUUGAAGCACCAACAAACAAUCAGUGGUGUCUAUCCGUUGUUUAAGCGCUCUGCUGAGAAUCUAAGUGGGGCUGCAUUGAGAGUCCAUAUCACUGCUACAGCAGCGUCUGCACCGCUUGAUCCUCAAGCCAUAUCACAAAACGAGGAGCUGAAUAGCUCAGGAGAGGAUGAGGAGGGUGGAGACCUCCCCACCACAGUGCUGCCUAGACAAACUCAGUCACCCAGCAGACAGCUGAUGAACUCGGAUGUGAGCUCUGAGCCUCCACCAUCUACAGAAGUCAGCAGUGAAGAGACCUUCAUGGCCAACAUUGCUGUAGAAAGAGCCAUGCACCUGAGUCUGAAGGGAUGUCCUCUUGCUGAGCGAGGUGGAGCGUUACCCAGUUGCUGUGUGUCUUACGCCACUGCUGAUGCCCCUGGCACAGUGACCACGGCAUUAGUCAAAGACAGUAACUGUCCUGUGUGGGACCACCAGCAAGAAUGCAGGCUGUCAAAAGAACUUCUCGUGGAUCCACAGCAAUGCUUGGUUUUCAAAGUUUGGCAUAAAGGAGAUGUGGAGAGGGUGAUUGGAUUUGUGUCGGUAGACCUGUCGCCUCUUCUGUCGGGUUUUCGAUCGGUUUGUGGCUGGUACAACAUCAAUGAUUUCAGCGGGCAGUGUCAGGGACAGCUAAAAGUCUCUGUUUCUCCUUUGCGAGCGGUACAUGAACUCCGGGCACAGAGACAGCCGGCACACGAGCCCAGCGCCCCAGACUCUAGUGCUCUGUUUAGUGCUCUUUCCUUUCAAACCACGGCCACAUACAGCAGUUUCCCAAGCCACAUCAGUCGAUUCUCGGAGCAGAGGAUAAGCACACCUCCUGGUCAGCUUGAAAAACUGCUGUCUGACAGGUCGAAUGUGACGGAUCGCCAUGAUGAACACAUGGAGAACGUGAGGUUGUUCCAUCAAACUUUGCAUGAGAGCGAACGAGCACCUAACUCCUCAUUUGCUGGAGAUUCCCACUCCUCCAGUUCAGCGCUCUUCUCUGCCCUAAGGAAAAACCUCAGUGAGCUGGAUGACAUCCAAAGAUACUUCAGCAGUAAGUUGUCCACUCCAGCGUUCCCGAAGCUGAGUGAGCUGAGAGAAACCUCCAAGCAGGAAGACCUCAGGCAUGUAGAGAUGGACAACACACAACUGCUUCUGAAGUCCAGUCAGCUGGUGGGAGAGGUCAAUAACAUCAUUAAGGGUUUAAGUGAACACCAGACUGAAGAAACAUCAAAUCUUCAAAUAAGCUCAGAUUCACCUGCUGUAGUUGAGGAACAUUUCAGCUCUAGAGAUGAUCAGAUGAUAUUAUCAGAGUCUGAGAGCUGUGAGGCUUAUAAAGACUCAGACGUGAGGUUGGAUGAUGAAGAUGUCUCGCCAAUCAGCUAUCCCACAGCAAAAGAGACCAAACAGUCAUCGGUUCCUCCUGAAGAUGAGAAGGUCCACCACAGCUCCAACGAUAACCCAUCUGAUGAAGAUGAGGAGGAAGACUUUGAGGAAACCUUAAUACAGCCACGAACACUAAAUGAGGUCACCUCAGUCACAGACAGAACCAGUCCCUGGACCAGCCUCAUGUCUGACCCAGAAAUGGGAUCGCUGGAAAGUCUGGAGGUAGUGGAAAAUCAUACUCAAAGCAUUGCCUACCACGCUCAAGGAGACGAAGUUAACCCACACUCACUGACAGCACAGUUACAGGGCAUUGACUCAGAUUCAGAUGUGUGUGAAAGAUCUGAAGCUGGUAGUGAUCUUGAAACAUUUAGGAACGAGGAGGCUCUUGUCACAGACCACAGGGAAACGCAGCAAUCUCCAAAUGGUCUUGAUGGAGCCUGUUCUCUCUCUAGUAUAAGUGAGGUGGAGGAUAAUGUCCAAAGUAACAGUGGGACUGAAGAAAGUGAUGAUGAUGAAAGACCUAAUGUACUUUCUGUCACAGAGUCUGAUGCAGAACCGCAUGAUAAAAGCGAUGAGAGUUCAAAGCCUGCAGAGAUUCCAAAUUUCUUCCUGCCGACCCACCAUCUGGAGGCGUCCAUGAGAGUUUUGAGGAUGGCACCUGUGUUUCCUUUAUCUGAGCCUGCAAAUCCUGAUAAUGCAUUUCGAAGGAUGACUCGAUUGAGACCCAUCAUCCCUCCAUCAGAGAGGAGUGAAGAGACCAAAAGAAUCGCUAAAAUAUUUGCUUCAAAGUUUACAGAAGGACAUUAGUGCAUUAUGCAAAAUUGUAUGGUUGUGUGUGCUUUUUUUACUCUUUUUAUUUGUAAAGUAUGUGUAUUGUUUGACUGUUAUUUAUUUGUUAUAUGAUACAAUGUUGUGUAUAUCUUGAUUAUGUAAGCAUUAGAGAAGUUUUAUUUACAUCAACUAUUUUUUGUAAUAAAGAAUUUUGUAUUGAA